GUAAAAAAAAGGAGAGAACAUACUCGAAAAAAAAGGAGAGAACAUAAAUCGGUGUUAGUUGCUUACGCCGCUCCGAAGCCACUUCUGGAAGCCGUCGAUUUCUUGCACCGGCAGCAGCGCGCGAAAUCUUGGAGAGGAAAAGAUGGUGUUCGAGGCGAUCGAAGAAGCUCUACAAGUGUUGAAUUCUUCUAUUUCUCACCUCAAAUGGCGUCUUAAAUCUCCAGCUAAGCGCCGUCUCGAGAUAGAUGUUCUUGCAUUACUGACAGGAAUGAGGCCAGUGAUAAUGGUCGAUUAUGGCGGGAAGAUGCCUGAAUUACAGCAACACCUUUGUUCCCUCAUCAAACGUUGCCACCAGGAGUCGGCGGUUUUCGAGUGCCUAAGAGUGAUGGUUGUGGAUGAUAUGAUCUAUCUGAUACACAUUGAAGGACUUGCAGACUAUGCCAGGACAAGCUUGAAGUCAGAAGCAGAAUUGUUUUUUGUCAACCUAGAGCAGGAACCAUUGAAGAUGGUUUCACAAAAGCAAGACUGCCCCUUGGGAGCUGAUUUCUUGAGACUGCAGAGAUUGGUCUCCCAAUUCUUUCCCCUUGAUGAAGCGAAAGAUGAUGCCUUGUUGCCUGAUGUGAGAGACACUGUGGCCAAUGUCGAACCUAGCACUUCGUUAUCUGCUGGACAUAUUGAUCUCAGCAGUUGCAUGCAAGAAACUCAGAUCACUGUCCCGACUCUAAACGGAUGGCUUCUUGGCUACCCUGUAGUGUAUUUGUUUGGCAAGGAGUUCAUAUCAGAAGCAAUAUGUAGUCUGUCAACGAAGAAUCUGCAUCUCUUCAGAAUAUUAGUCCGCAGAGGUAAUGGUGUAUCCAGUAAGGGAUCCCAGCCUGAAGAACUAAUGAGCUUCUCAGUGCCAUACGAGCUGAGCAUGAGGGGAAGGAAGGAGCCAUGGGCAGAGGCAUUUCUGGAGCGCUUGCAGUUCAAGUGGCAGAACUGCAAGCAGACUUGGGUGUCUUUGGAAAUGGAGGUCGAAGAGUGCUACCCACAAGCAAUAGUGCUGUAACAAUACUCGCGAUGGAAACACAACCCAAUUUCACCUUGUCGGCGACUAUCGCACAAUGAAGUCGCGAUACAUGCUCGAAGUAAUCAUUAGUCAAAAUCAGCAGAUAAUUUAGCAGUGAUGUAACUCAUUUUCUCUCCAAUUAAAGCGAUUGGUGUUGUAUGCUCAUUGUAUCAACUCUAGGAAUUGAAGUUCCUUGGUGUUCAUUGAGUGCUUGACUCUAAACUAAUACGAUCAUCAAAAAAUUUAAACGUAGUUAGUAUAUAUACGAUUACUAUGCAGAUAUUAGACGAAUUUUUGUUAAGCAUGUACAACUAACUGUACAUACUGAUAGUCUGAUACUAUGGUUGAGUAUUUAUUUUCAAAAAAAAAAAAAUUAAUGUGGAAAAAUAGGCCCAAAAUGGAUUUUCUGCUAUUGGGCCGUGAGGUCUUCUUACGUUUGCGUAUUUAUUUAUACAGCACUCGGCGAGCCAAAGUGCGAGAUAGAAAAUUGUCGAGCUAGAGGAGAAGAUAAUCACAAACCACGAUCGAAGAGAAGAAUAAACAGUGAGAGCAGGAAAAAUGUCAGGAGGAUUCUCUCAGGACUGGGAACCCAUCGUUAUCCGCAAGAAGGCUCCGACCUCUGCCGCCAAGAAGGACGAGAAGGUUGUGAACGCUGCUCGCCGCGCCGGUGCUGAGAUUGAAAGCAUCAAGAAAUGUUAGCUCUCUUCGUCUUCGUUCUUUAUCGUUUGCUUUUUGGUUCUCUCUAAUCAUUUCCGUUUCAUCUGUUGUUUCUUCCCUUCCUUUUACUGAUAAAGAUCGGUGAAACCGUUUGUUGUGUUAUUUGCUUUCUGGAGAAGCAGUGGAAUUGAGGUAAUCGGUGUAAAGAGUUAGGGUUUCACACUAAUCGAUUGUUAGCUAAUAGCUAUCGCUUGAGAGUUAGGGUUUGCUUGCUGUAUUUUAUGUUCGGUCAUAUCUUUCUUUUUCCGCGAUUUUCAUGGAGAUUAGGGCUUUCUAUGACGUGGUGAAUAAACCCCAUGCUAGUAAAGCUGUUUCCGUGUUCGUGAUGUAUGAAACCUUUGGAUAGUUAGUCUAUUUGCUGAUCGAUGUGUUAGAAGGCGAAAGCUGUUUUCCCGGGCCAAAUUCUGGAAAUAACUGCGCUAAUAUUUAUGUUUAUGUGAUUUAUGCAGCAAAUGCUGGCUCGAACAAGGCUGCCUCUAGCAGUACUUCCUUGAACACCAGGAAGCUCGAUGAAGAGACUGAGAUUGUUGCUCGUGAGUAUUUUCCUCUUCAUGUUCAUUGUUUUCUGGUUUCAUGUUUUGUUUUCCCCUCGUGGUCUUGGUUUGUUUAGUUUGAGCUAUAUGGUCUACAAUCCGAGAUCAGGAAAGUUUGUAGUCCUUCAUGGUUAGAAAUAACUGAAAAUGCUAUAGUUGUGCCUUCUGUUUUGGACUUGGGGUGUCUUGAUUAUACUGGUUUCCCACUCUUUGGAAGAUGAAAAUAGUUCAAUCUGGUUCCUUUGGUCUUAAACUUGGGUUUCCUUUCUGUUUUACACAUGCGAAUAUCAUGGAUGAGGAAGUAUCGAGAUAUGUUGGUCAAGCUAUAACUCUUUUGCGGAUUGUUCUGUAGGAUUUCUGGUUUAAAAUUCUUGAUUAUAUCUUUUUUGUUUCUGAUGAGUAAUCAAGAAUCUUAUUCCAUCAAAAGUAGGAAAGGGACAACCCACCAGAUGGCGAGCAGGAGUGGUUACUGUAAGGUGGACAUAAGAAUAUGUUCAAUUCACAACAUUGAGAAAGAAUCUGUUUCUUUCACAAAUAAGAAACAUACUUCUAUUUU